UAUUAAGCAAUUGCAAUCCCAUUACCAAACUUCAAUGCAAUAACAAUCUUUUUGGGGAGUAAUCAAUCAACCUAUUAAUUCUUCAAACAAGUUUUCCCAAUUGAAGGCUUCAAAAAGUUGAUGGCAAUUGCAAAUAAUUUGGAUACAAUCUUAGUACCUUUAAGUUUAUUCUUGAGUGUGGGAUAUCAUGCUUUUCUAUGGCAUAACUUCAAGAACAAUCCUUCCGUUACCACCAUAGGAAUCACCACUCUCAAGAGGAGGGAAUGGCUUCAGGGUAUCAAACCGGAUGAUGAUAAGAAGGCGGUACUAGCAGUUCAAAGCCUAAGAAACACCCUAAUGGAGACAAUACUAACAGCAACCAUAACCAUGCUAGUCACUAUCGGGUCAGCAGCACUAGCCAACAACGCCUACAAGGCCAGUGAUCUUCUAGCUAUGACACCGUUUUUCGGGUCCCAAACGGGUCGACUCAUCGUCCUCAAAUACGGGUCGGCGUUGGUUUUUUUACUGACUAGUUUCUUUUGUAGCUCCAUAGCUAUAAGCUCUUUGGUGGAUGCUAACUUCUUGAUCAACGCAUCAGGGGAAUUGUUGAGUCGUGGGCAUACAAAGAGGGUGUUGGAAAGAGGCUUUCUUAUGGGAGUUGUAGGAAGUAGAAUGUUGUGUAUUAGUUUGCCUUUGUUGUUGUGGUUGAUUGGUCCGGUGGUUGUGCUCAUUUCUUCAUUGGUUAUGUUAUGGGUUUUGUAUGGCCUUGAUUAUGCUACUACACUACAUGGCCUAACAACUACUAUCAAAUGUAAUUCUCCCUGAUUUCAGAUGUUCUUGUUUAUCAAUAACUACCAUUUUGACCCGUGUAAUGUACGAGAGUAUUUUGUAAAGUGUUAGAAGUACUUACAAUGCUCGACAUACAACAACUUUUAUAAUAGAGGAUCCAUGAUGGUUUUAUA